AUGUGGUUUCUUGUUUUGACUGUUCAGGAUAAACUAAAACUCAUUUCUUAUACUCUAGACCGAUUAACCAAAGGCUUACGUUCGUCUGUGGCGGCGUCGAAAUCUGGAUUUACUUGCGCCCUGAUUUCCGUUCUUGAAAAUGAAUCAUCUAUCUCUACUGACAACUUGCUAAUGUUUCUCGAUAAGAACGUCUUCUCUUUCAAAACCAACGAUCAUAAAGAGCGGUUUGCUACAAAUAUGGCGAAGAUUGAUAGUCUUCUUAUUCUUCAAAAGUCUGGAAGGCUACGGGACCUUGGGUUGGAUCAUCACAAAAAGAUCGUUGCCAGCAUUACCAACUUAAGCGACACCGAGUCUUGCAUGAUAUCGAUGCAGUCAGUUCUGCCACAAGUUGUGCCGUAUCUGGACAAAAAUACGAUAGGCCUCUACGGCGACUUGAUUACCAAGAUUUGGUCAACUGCCUCCAAAAUAGACGAACCUUCUGCUGUACAGCUUCUAUUCGUGCUACGUCUUCAGAAUUUCCCUCAGGUUCUUCGUCUGGCUCUGUCUCUUGUACCAAAGUUACAGACCGAAGCCCAAAUUAAAACUGUUGUUACUCCCAACCUUCUACUCUUCCUUCGAAAGCAACUAUCUAGUCAGAAACUAGCAAGUCAUGAGGAUAUCUGUCGAUGCUUGAAUCGGUUACUGCAGCACUUGAAGACAUCCCAACCAGAUGAACUUGCACUGGUGGGAAGUAAUAAUGACUGUCGUUUUCCCACGCCCAGCAUCGGGGCCACACAGGCUGCCCAGAUAUUUACAGUUGUUGCUAGUCAAUUGCCUUUGUUUGACGCGGCUGUCACACCGAAGUCGCCGCAACUCGUCUCGACCCUGCUGGAGUGUGCUUCGACGGCCUUGUCUGACGACUACCUGUACGAAUGGUCGAGUCAACUGCAGAAACUCUUUCUGUCCCCGAAAGACGACUCUAGCAGCACCUCUGCCGUUGAUAGAACUCGUCUGCACAUCCUUGAUCUCCUUCGCCAAGUCGCAUUCAUCUUCAUCGCCCGUUCCUCUGAAGCCGUCAUUGACUCCAUCGAGGAAAUCCUUGCUUUCCUACUUCUGGUCGCCAAUAACAACGCCUUCCCUCUCGGGUCGGCAGAGCCAGCAGUGACGGCAGUGGUUGCCAGUGCUUCACUGACCCACCUUGGACGUUGUCUUGGACUUAUGGUCCGGGGCGUCUCACUUCGAGCUGAAAUGAAGUGUGCUCUCCUUAACGAUAAUUGUCAUGGUUACCUGCUGUUUGCUCGUAGGAAAAUAUGUCGCGGGUUGGUUCGUUUCGAACGUCUUAACCACUUUCCGCUUCAGGACUCUUCACUGCGCUCAAAAUCAUCCAAGGAGACGCUUAGAAUGCUUCUGCGUGUCAUGAACCACUUGGUGGAGACAGACGAGAAAGUGUGCACCAAUGAUGGCGAGGAUCUUCUGCAAUGUCUGAAAACUGCCGGCCAGCUGUUGGCCACAGCCCUCGAAUCGACUGCUAACGCCGAUUCCCUCCUAAGUUGUUGGAUCAGCCUUUUGCAUGCCGUCACUGUGAUUUACGCAGUUACGCUGCAUUCCAAUCCACCAUCGCCUAAAGAGUCUGUUCUCCUAACCCUCAUCGACGAUAUCUCCGAGGCUCUCAAACACCGCAACUCAGAUGCCUCGGUUCCCAUGGAAACCGACCUUGACGAGGCUUCAAACUACGAAGCCGCACCUGAGUGGUCCUCCGUUUUCACCGACGCGAUGCUCAGCCUCUGCGUGGAGCCCUGGCGCCUUCUUCGGGAGGUAAUUGCGGCGACUUUCGGGCGAAUGGUCUCGCACCGCGAGCUCUUUGCUCCGCCACUCGCACCCGAGGAGGCGUUUGCCGUCGGCGGCAAACCCCACAAGCAAAAGGACGAAGGCAAAACUGUUAGCCCCCUUCAGCUGAUAAUCAGCAUUGCCGAUAAUCGGUCUAACGCUGCACAAGAACGCGUUGUUUUAGCGGGUAAAGAUGAUGGUGAUGAUGAUGAAGAUGAGGAGGAGGAUGGGAAUGAUGACUCGUCAGACAAUGAGUCUGAGAGUGAGGGAGAGCAAGAUGAAAGUGGGGACGAGGAGAUGAUUGAUCUUGGAGCUGGUGAAAACGAUGAUGAAUCUGUGGAAGAUAUACCAGAAGCCACUGACGCAGACGACUUUCUCACAGACGAGCAAAUGGACGCUCAGGAUGAGGCCUUAGCAGCCAUCUUCAGGGCUACUCAGUCCUCAAAACUGGAAGCGAGAUCCCGGAAGGAUACGAUUGCCUUGCUGAAAUUAAGGUCAUUUGACUUCCUCGAGUGCAUUGUUCUCUACUCGUGCGACGCCAAUCUUUUCCUGCCUUCCCUGUACACAAUUCUCCAACUGGCUAUUGCUUCAGCCCGACGGAACUCUAAGCACGAACCAAAAGGUAGCAGGAAGCAGUCCCCCGGGUGCGUCCAGUUGGCCCGUAUCCUCGCGACGCUGAACCAGUUGCGCGCCCGCUCCUCGGCGUCCAACGACCUUCUCUACAAGUCCCUGAGUGGUUCGGACGAGUCGGUGGCUCUGUUGUCGGCCUUUCUAACGGCUGUUUUCGCGACAUUUAAAAAUGGUUCGUCGAGUAGUAUUGCCUCUUCUCUCAUUUGCGACGUCUCCCUUACCUCCAUCUGUUCUGUUACCAUUUCAGCUGUUCCCGAUGAGGGACUCAUCAAGUGCCUUCACAUUGUGUGCGAAUUCCUGCAAUUCAAGAAGGUUGCGUCGCCCGAAGAUUCGCGCACACCCUCCAAGGUGGUUCAGUCGGUCGUGCAGGAUGUCCUCACAGAGUUCUUAUCGAAACCCCAUCCCAGCAGAACUCACCAAUCCCUGCUCAAAAGACUCCUCUCUACAUCACCGGCGGUUGCAAAGUCUGCAGCGGGUCUCCUGGCUGAGCGGCUCGCAAAAGCAGCGACCAGCGAGUCCCCCGAGGGAAUCUACUCCCAGACUGCUCUGUUGCAUCUCGCCAACGCUGUUACUGUUGGUCUGGCCAAGCAGAGUGACGUCGUCCGCGAGUGGACGCUGCCCUUCGCCAAAACCCUCGUCUCGGCGUACUUCUCCGGCAAAGUCUCGGCUGGGUGGACCCAAUCUAGGGUCCUCGCGUCGGCUGUCUUUUCGGCGCUUAUUGGGUGUAUAAAAGCCGAUAAAACUGUUGUAAGUGUAGAAUCCACCACUAUCCUCAUCAGCCCCGGGGAACAUUUGGAGCCUCUUUCAUCUGAACAACUUAAAACAGUCAGAGAACUCAACAAACUCCUUGAUGAACUGUCAUCAACAGAUUUGACCACCCUGUUAACACUUGAAAGAGGCACUUUGCUGAAGUCCGUCCGGCCAUAUCUCUCCCGAGUGACGAUGCUUAUCCACUCACUCCGUGGUUCAUCAGGGCACGUUUCGAAGGUGAUUACUGAGCUGUCCGUGGUGAGGGAGCAGAUGAAGCGCGAGGCAAAACAGGAGCGUCGGGCGAAAAGGCAGCAGCGGGCAGCUGCGCAGCAGCUUAAGCGAAAGGCGGCGGCUGAGGAGUCGGUGGAAUCCGAGGAGACGAAGCCUCGCCCACAGGCAAAGCGCAGAAAGACAAAGUCGAAGAGGGCAGUGUGA